GCAUUGGCAGGCGGGAGGAGGGCCUAGUCCUCCAUAGGCCGCCCCCCUUUUCUUGUUGCGGUGCCGGGCUAUGUUGCAGGGCUCCCACCGCCGCCUCCUCCUCUUCGCCAGCCGCCUCUGGGGGUCCCGAUCACUCACAGCAGGAUUUCGAUCUAAAACAUAUAGCAAAAUGAACUCCCUUUCAGUCCAGCGAGUUGUCAAUGACAUCAUCAAGUCCCCAGAAGACAAGAGGGAAUACCGGGGCGUUGAGCUGGUCAAUGGGAUAAAAGCAGUUCUGAUAAGUGACCCCACCACCGACAAAUCCUCCGCAGCUCUGGAUGUUUACAUUGGGUCUCUCUCCGAUCCUGACAACAUUCCAGGGCUCGCCCACUUUUGUGAGCACAUGCUUUUUUUGGGCACAAAAAAAUACCCCAAAGAGAAUGAGUACAGCCAGUUUCUAAGUGAACACGCGGGGAGCUCCAACGCCUUCACCAGUGGAGAACAUACCAACUAUUACUUCGAUGUAUCCCAUGAACACCUGGAGGGAGCACUAGACAGGUUUUCCCAGUUUUUCUUGGGCCCUCUCUUUGACGAAAGCUGUAAGGAUCGGGAAGUGAAUGCAGUGGAUUCUGAGCACGAGAAGAACCUGAUGAAUGACGCCUGGAGACUCUUCCAGCUGGAGAAGGCGACCGGAAACCCUCAACAUCCCUUCCAUAAAUUUGGAACAGGUAAUAAGCUUACUCUUGAAACCAGACCUACCCAAGAAGGGCUCGACGUGCGGCAAGAAUUGCUGAAGUUUCACUCCACGUAUUAUUCUUCUAACCUCAUGUCUAUUUGUGUACUUGGAAGAGAAACUCUUGAUGAAUUGACAGAGUUGCUGGUGAAACUGUUUGCAGAAGUAGAGAAUAAAAAUGUCCCAGUUCCAGAAUUCCCUGAAAACCCCUUCCAGAAGCAAUGUCUGCAGAAAACAUACAAAAUAGUGCCUAUAAAGGACAUAAGAAAUCUCUACGUCACGUUCCCGAUUCCCGACCUCCAGAAGUAUUACAAGUCUAACCCAGGUCAUUAUCUUGGACACCUCAUUGGACAUGAAGGUCCUGGAAGUCUACUCUCUGAACUGAAGUCUAAAGGCUGGGUGAAUACUCUGGUUGGAGGCCAGAAAGAAGGCGCCAAAGGAUUCAUGUUCUUCAUCAUUAAUGUAGAUCUAACGGAGGAAGGCCUGUUGCAUGUGGAUGAUAUCAUUUUCCACAUGUUCCAAUACAUCCAAAAACUGCGAACUGAGGGCCCUCAAGAAUGGGUGUUCCAGGAAUGCAAGGACUUGAAUGCUGUUGCCUUUCGAUUUAAAGAUAAAGAGCGUCCACGUGGCUACACAUCAAAAGUGUCCGGACUGCUGCAUUAUUACCCUCUAGGAGAAAUCUUGGCUGCAGAGUAUCUACUAGAAGAAUUCAGGCCGGAUUUAAUAGAAAUGGUGCUCGACAAGCUCAGGCCAGAGAACGUAAGAGUGGCCAUCGUUUCCAAGUCUUUUGAGGGCAAAACUGACCGGACAGAAGAGUGGUACGGAACACAGUACAAGGAAGAAGCCAUCCCAGCAGAUGCUAUCCAGAAUUGGCAAAAAGCUGAUAUAAACGGGAAGUUUCAUCUACCCAUGAAGAAUGAAUUUAUUCCCACAAAUUUUGAGAUUGUUCCUUUAGAAAAGGAUGCCACACCGUGUCCUGCACUGGUUAAGGACACAGCAAUGAGCAAAUUGUGGUUCAAGCAAGAUGACAAAUUCUUCCUUCCCAAAGCCUGUCUCAAUUUUGAGUUCUUUAGCCCAUUUGCUUAUGUGGAUCCUUUGCAUUGUAACAUGGCCUAUUUGUAUCUUGAACUGCUUAAAGAUUCUCUCAACGAGUAUGCAUAUGCAGCAGAGCUAGCCGGCCUGAACUAUGACCUCCAAAAUACCAUCUAUGGGAUGUAUCUCUGUGUGAAAGGUUACAAUGACAAGCAGCAUAUCUUGUUAAAGAAGAUCAUCGAGAAGAUGGCUACGUUUGAAAUAGAUGAGAAACGUUUUGAGAUAAUUAAAGAAGCGUACAUGCGCUCUCUGAACAACUUCCGCGCAGAACAGCCUCACCAGCAUGCAAUGUAUUACCUGAGGCUGCUGAUGACUGAAGUGGCCUGGACCAAAGAGGAGCUCCGGGAAGCUCUAGAAGAUGUUACCCUUCAUCGUCUUAAGGCCUUCAUUCCCCAGCUGCUGUCCCGGUUGCAUGUUGAAGCUCUUCUCCAUGGCAACAUAACAAAGCAGACGGCAGUGGGCAUGAUGCAGAUGGUGGAGGACACUCUUAUCGAGCACGCUCACACGAAACCCCUUCUCCCAAGCCAGCUGGUUAGAUACAGAGAAGUACAGCUGCCUGACAGGGGCUGGUUUGUGUAUCAGCAGCGGAAUGAAGUGCACAAUAACUGCGGUAUCGAGAUCUAUUAUCAGACGGACAUGCAGAGUACGUCCGAAAACAUGUUUCUGGAGCUCUUCUGUCAGAUCAUUGCAGAGCCCUGCUUCAACACACUGCGCACCAAGGAGCAGCUAGGUUAUAUUGUUUUCAGUGGUCCCCGCAGGGCGAACGGAAUCCAAGGCCUCCGAUUUAUUAUUCAGUCAGAGAAGCAACCUCAUUAUUUGGAGAGCCGGGUGGAGGCCUUUUUGAAGACUAUGGAGAAGUCUUUGGACGAGAUGACAGAUGAGGCCUUCCAGAAACACAUCCAGGCUCUAGCGCUCCGGCGCCUGGACAAACCAAAGAAGCUGUCCGCUGAAUGUGCAAAAUACUGGGGGGAGAUCAUCUCUCAACAGUAUCACUUUGAUAGAGAUAAUGUUGAAGUGGCGUAUCUGAAAACCCUGGUCAAGGAUGAUAUCAUCAAAUUUUACAAGGAAUUAUUAGCUGUAGAAGCUCCAAGAAGGCAUAAAGUGUCGGUGCACGUGCUCGCCAGAGAGAUGGAUUCAUGUCCAGUCGUUGGAGAGUUCCCUAGUCAAAAUGAUGUCAACCUUGCUCCUGCCCCAGCACUUCCUCAGCCUGAUGUCAUCAGUAACAUUACAGAGUUUAAGAGGAGCCUACCUCUCUUCCCACUUGUCAAGCCACACGUUAACUUCAUGGCUGCAAAAUUAUGAUGCACGCAAAAG